CGGCAGUGUGCGACCUUGGGUGGGCGACGGGGCGGGCUAGGCAUCAGUCGUCGCCAGACACGACGCAAGAAGGAAAGGGCGGGCGGAUUAGGGCGAUUAGGGUGGAGGCCUCCCAUCCGCCCGGUAUUUGAAUCUUCUCUGCCCAUUUCGCGCCUCUUCUCUGCUGCCCUCUCGGCUUCUGUUUCAAUCUCUCUUUCUCAGGCUAGGGGGUGCGUGCAGCCAUGGUUUCCCCUAAGGCGCUGCUCGCGACGGUCGAGUCAACCCUGCUUGGCCCCUCGGGCCCGACGCCGCGGCAGAGAGUCGAGCUCAUGCACGCUCUCCGCGACGCUCUCCCCGUCUUCCGAUCGUUCCUCUCUUACACUGCGCCGAAACCGUCCGAUCGUACUCAGGUUAUGUCUAAAGAAGUAAGACUUCAGGACGUCUCACCGUCGCUCGACGACCUGGAUGUUCAGAUUGCUCUCAAGCUGAGUGACGAAUUGAAUCUGAACGAAAUCGAUUGCGUCUCGUUGCUUGUGCACGCACAUCAGGAGUGGGAUCUAUUUGGGCGGGAACCGUCGGAAAUCUUCCGGCUUGCAGCAGGGCUGUGGUACACUGAGAGGAGAGCUUUGAUUACUUCUCUUUAUACGCUCCUGAGGGCUGUUGUGUUGGAUCAAGGGCUUGAGCCAGAUAUCGUGUCUGAUAUCCAAUGCUACCUUGAAGACUUGUUCAAGUCUGGGCUCAGACAACGAUUGAUCUCACUCAUGAAGGAACUCAGUCGAGCAGAAGCAGCAACAUCAAGUGGGCAGCAUCAGGUGGAGCAAUAUGUGAUGGAUUCUAGAGGUGCUCUUGUGAAACGUAAUGCAGUUGUUCUAAGGGAGCGGCUUACUGUUGGUCAUUGCCUUGCUAUUUCAGUUCUUGUUGUUCGGCCAAACUCCAAGGAUGUGAAAGACAUGUUCUUUGGAUUAAAAGAGAGUAUUGCUGAAGUAACUGAUGAUAAGGAGACACAGAAGCUUCAGAUUGUUUUUAGCCUACUGUUUGGGAUUGUCAUAUCUUUUAUAUCAGAUGCUUUAAGCACAGCCCCAGACAAGACAUCUAUUCUGUGCAACGACACUUCAUUUAGAAGAGAGUUUCAAGAACUGAUGAUGUCUUCUGGAAAUGAUCAAAAAGUUGAGGAAUUCAUUGGUGCCAUAAGGCUGACCUGGACUGUUCACUUGAUGCUGACAUCAGAGGAAAAUAGUGCUGCUGAAACUGCCUCGAUUACUUCAUGCCUGGAGCUUGUUUGCUCAAGGAAUGCUUUCCAGAUUUUACUGGAUAAAAUCCUUCGUACAGCUGCAUAUCAGAAUGAUGACGACGACAUGGUCUAUAUGUAUACCGCGUACAUGCAUAAACUUGUUACGUGCUUUCUAUCCAAUCCCAUUGCUCGAGAUAAGGUAAAAGAAAUGAAGGAGAAGGCAAUGAGUUCAAUGCAUCCGUACCUAACUGGAGGACCAAGCAGCUUGGCAAUUGCUGAUAGUGAGAAGGAACAAAUUUCACAAACAAGUUCCCAUCCAUUUAUAUCACUUUUAGAAUUGGUCAGCGAAAUUUACGAGAAAGAACCAGAGCAUUUGGCUGGAAAUGAAGUCAUAUGGACAUUUGUGAACUUUGCUGGGGAGGAUCAUACUAACUUUCAAACUCUUGUUGCUUUCUUGAGAAUGAUGAGUUCCUUGGCAUCAAAUGAGGAAGGUGCAUUUAAGGUUUUCCAGUUACUUCAGAGGAAAGCCUUCCGAUCUGUGAGUUGGACUAGAUUGUUCGACUGCCUAUCCAUGUAUGAGCAGAAGUUCAAACAGUCACUUCAGACCUCAGCGGCUGUUUUACCUGAGUUCCAAGAAGGUGAUGCCAAAGCGAUGGUUGCCUACUUGAGAGUUCUUCAGAAGGUAAUGCAAAAAGGAAAUCCUUUGGAGCGAUCAAAAUGGUUUCCUGACAUUGAGCCUUUGUUUAAGCUUCUUGGAUAUGAAAAUGUGCCUCCUUUCUUGAAGGGUGCUUUGCGGAAUACCAUCACCACGUUUGUUGAAAAUACUCCUAUUCUCAAAGAUACAAUUUGGAGUUUCCUGGAACGGUAUGAUCUGCCAGUAGUGGUUGGUCCACCUCCUAUUGGAAACCAGUCUCAGCAAUUGCAGAUGCAGGUUUAUGACAUGAGAUAUGAACUAAAUGAAGUGGAAGCGAGGGCAGAAAGAUACCCUUCAACUAUAUCAUUCCUUAACUUGUUGAAUGCUCUUGUAAAAAGAGAGACUGAUACCAGUGAUCGGGGCUUAAGGUUCUUAGGGGUCUUCAGGUUUGUUUACGACCAUGUUUUCGGACCUUUUCCUCGUCGUGCAUAUGCUGAACCCGCUGAAAAAUGGCAAUUGGUUGUUGCUUGCCUGCAGCACUUUCAAAUCUUGUUGACCUUGUACAAUGUUAAGGAGAUGGACAUUGAAAAUAUUGAGCGGACUCCACAGCAGAUUUCCAGCAAAUCUGUAGCUUCACCUGAGCAGGAGAUCCCUGUUCUCGAGUUGCUGAAAGACUUCAUGAGUGGUCGAACUGCUUUCAGCAGUAUCAUGGGCAUUCUUCUACAAGGUGUUAAUGCUGUCAUUAGUGAUCGGGCUAGUCAAGUUCAUGGCCCCCUUUUGGAGAAGGCUGUCCUUCUGUCCCUUGAAAUUAUACUUCUUGUUUUUGAUAAGGAUCUUUUUCUUGCUGAUUUCUGGCGACCCUUAUGUCAGCCAUUGGAUGUGAUACUGUCCCAAGAUCGAAACAUGAUUGUGGCUUUACUGGAGUAUGUACGCUAUGAUUUUCUCCCACAAAUCCAACAGAGCUCCAUCAAAAUACUUAGCAUAUUGAGUUCUCGCAUGGUGGAGCUGGUGCCUCUACUUUUAGAAUCUGGUUCUGCCGAUAGUUUGAUUGAAGAUUAUGCUGCUUGUCUUGAAGUUCGUUCUGAAGAGACUCAGGCUUUGGAUAAUAUUAGUGAUGACUCUGGUGUUCUUAUACUGCAGCUUCUUAUCGACAACAUUAGCCGACCUGCCCCUAAUCUAACACAUUUACUUCUGAAAUUUGAUGUCGAUUCAUCCAUAGAAAGGACAGCCUUGCAGCCAAAAUAUCAUUACAGUUGCUUGAGAGUUAUUCUCGAUGUCUUGGAGACCAUGAAUUUUCCUGAUGUUAAUGCAUCACUCCAUGAAUUUGGUUUUCAGUUGGUGUUUGAGUUAUGCUUGGAUCCCUUGACGGGAAAUGCUGUUAGUGAUCUACUGGCAAGCAAAAAGUACCAAUUUUUUUCAAAGCACUUGGAAUCUUUUGCAGUUCUUCCUCUUCCUAAAAGACAUACAAAUCAUUCACUUCGUGUUAGUUCACUGCAGCAGAGAGCAUGGCUAUUGAAGCUUUUGGCUUUUGAAAUGCACGCGGGCGAUGUGGGUUCGUCAAUUCAUAAGGAUGUCUGCCUUCGUGUUCUUUCUCAAUUGUUUGCUAGAGAGACAACUGAUGUUGGAUCUGCUGGUUCGGCGUUGACUGAUAGUGGCUUGCAUAUGAUCGACUAUAUGAAGACUAGACACAUAGACAAGAACAAGGUUUUGGCGCUUCUUGAUAUUAUACAAUUUAGGGCACCAGAUGCAGUUCAUGAUUAUUCACAAUCAGUUUCUAAUUCGAGCUUGGAUAUAUUGGUUGGCAAUAUUCUUCAAAACCCUGCAACUGUUGACAAAGGCGGUGUUUAUUAUUUUUCAGAAAGAGGUGACCGGUUAAUUGACCUGGCUUCCUUUGGUGAAAAACUGUGUCAGAUGUGUAACAUGGGCCCACAAAGUGUCUCCCUUGUUCAUGAAGGCAAAAUAGUUGAGUUAAAGAACUCUAUCCAGCAGCUGCUAAGGUGGGGUUGGCGAUACAAUCGCAACCUUGAGGAGCAGGCUGCACAACUUCACCUCUUAGUUGCUUGGUCUCAGUUAGUCGAGGUAUCCAUUUCUAGACGGAUGAUGUUUCUUGAGAACCGCUCCCAGAUUUUGUUUGAAGUACUAGAUGCAACAUUAGAGGCUUCUGCUUCUCCAGAUUGCUCUGUUAAAAUGUCAGCAAUCUUGACACAGGUUGCCAUUACAUGCAUGGCCAAGUUACGUGAAGAGAGAUUCCUAUCCCCUGGAAACAUUGAUUCUGACAGUGUGACAUGCCUUGACAUUGUUUCUAUGUCACAAUUGUCAAGUGCUGCAUGUCAGUCCAUACUGCUGAAACUCAUUGUUGCUAUUCUCAGACGUGAAUCUUCUGAACUUCUACGCCGGAGGCAAUAUGCUUUACUUUUAAAUUAUUUCCAGUAUUGCCAAAGUAUGCUUGAUCCUGAUAUUCCUGAGCCUUUAUUGCGCUUCUUGCUGCAAGAAGAGCAAGAUGGGGAUGUGGAGGUGGUCCUCCAGAAGAUUGAUAAUGAGCAUGAAGAGCUUGACAAAGCCAAUUUUUUCAUAUUAAAAAAGGAAGCUCGUGAGCUGCUUGAUGUGAUUGUAAAGGAUGCAAAACAUGCAAGUGAAAUUGGGAGGACUAUUUCAAUUUUUGUCUUGGACACAUUAAUCAGCAUCGAUCGAGAUCAAUUUUUUUUGUCUCAUCUCCAAAGCAGAGGACUGCUGCAGUCUUGCCUAUCUGACAUUAGGAAUUCGUCAUUUCUGGAUACUUCUCGGGCUAUGCUUGAUUCCGUGCAGAAACUGUGUACGAUUGAGGCAGAGAUUUCACUGCUUGUUCGAAUUAGUUGCAAGUACCGAAAAUCUGGUGUUCAGAUUUUGUUCUCCAUGAACACUCUUGAACAUCUUACUCCAUGGAAAGCAUUAGACCGUUAUAUUCAGGGUGGUUUCCAGUGGUCAGAUUCCAUGGUCGGCAAUGAUAUGCUUGGAGGGAUGAACAAACAGUUUCUGCUUGUCCCUGCUGUUCUCAGACUGAUUUUAUGUUUGACUUCACUGGUUGAUGUCUCUGAUUUCUUUGAGGUAAAGAACAAGGUUGUCAGAGAUAUUGUUGAAUUCACCAAGGAGCACCAAGUGAUAUUUGAUGUUGCUCUUCGGGAGGAGCUGCUUUCUGCUAAUGACUCAACUUUGGAGCUGGUUGAUACUGCUGUAGCCAUUGUUACCAAGGUUUGGCCUUAUGAUGAGCAUGACGACUUUGGUUUUGUGCAAGCUCUGUUUGGCUUAAUGAAUGAGUUAUUUUCUUAUGAUGCGGAGUCUUUUCAUCGUCCAUAUUCUUCUCGAUCUGCUGAGGUUGUAAAGAAAUCAGGAUUUUUGUUGUCCCGAUUGUGCUAUAGUUUGAUUUCUUAUCUUUAUUUCUUGAUCAUGAGGAAGGGCCUUAAACUGCAGAUUUCAGCCAGUCAUGGUAACUCCAACUUCCCUGGUGGGCAGCUGCAGCCUACAUUGCCAUUAGUUGUUACAUUUCUUACUUCUAUUACAACAGCUCUCUUUACUGCUAUUGAUGAGAAAACAUUACUGCUAAGCAAGGUCCUGGACAUCAACGACCUGUCCAGGUAUGAGGUUGAUGAAAUUAUCGAUAUGUUCAUGCGUCAAGAUUAUAUUUUGGCAUCUGAUAGCAUGCAGAAGAGGAGGCAUGUUGCGAUGCUUGAAAUGUGCCGAGCUGCAGGGAAGAGGGGUCAGCUUAUCAUGCUCUUUCUUCGAAUUUUAGAGCAUGCACUUAAUAUUCUUUUCAUACAUUUUCAAGACAGGUAUUCAUCUUUAGCUUCUGCAUUAUGUGAAAUUCAUAUUUAUUUGGUUCUUUUUAAAUUUGAUUCUGUAUUGGAAAAUAGUGCCAGUAGAAAACAAGACAUCCAAUUACUGUGUACAAAUCUACUUCCCACCCUGGAGCAGCUUUCAUUAUUGAAUGAGGAAAAGGUUGGUCACAGCUUGAAAGUGUUCCACAGGCUCGUUAGGUCUCUCAAGGAACUCGCUGCCCAACGUAUGGAAUUAUGACGUCAAGUUGUAUGGAGUGAUUUUGAUCCACCCGAUCCUUCUUUUAAAGGGGUACCCCGUCAUGGCAUCUGCACAAAAAGUUCCGUUUUCAAGGUUCUUUAUUAUAACAUUAUUGUUAUAUAUUAUAACUGUUUAGUGAAUUUGUUAUGUGAAAAUAGGUGCAUCUGACAUUUUUGAGGUUUCGCUUGGAAAUACGCCCUCUGUGCCACCUCACAGUGUCCGCUGAUAGUUUUGUAUCUGCUGUUAGUAAUGUAUAUCCCGCCUGUUCACAAUGUUCUCUGCCCUUAAAUUGCUGUAACUUCCGUAUGAAAUUAGUUGAACCAAGCAAUGUGGCAAGUAAAGAUUUGUAAAUUAAGCUGAGUGUUGGAUUUCUCUGC